AUGAAAGCACUGCCUGUCGGAGAGGAAGCACUUGCUCCUGAACUCGCACGCGUUGCUGCCAGAGGAGAACGAGCUUCUGUACCAUUGCUUGCACUGCUGCCACCAGUACUGUUGCUGCUGUUACUGUUUCCAUCUCCAGCAUGGGCACAACUUGCAGCACGUGGCACGGCGGCGGCGGCGCCAUUGUUGGCCGGUUGCAGCACGGUCAGGGAGCCCGGGUCGGGCGACCCGCUGCCCGCGGUGGCGGCGCCGGCGGCGGCGGAGGGCGCGCCCGUGGGCGCGGGGUCGGCGGGGAGGGACAGGGGGAGCCCCGGGGACGAGCCCGCCUCACCCACCGUGCUCGUGCUAACACCAACUAAACAAUAA